GUUAAGCAACGUGUAUGAAAUGUAUCGAUGGCUGCACGUGAACCUUCUCCUGUUAGAGUACCGAGGCUACGGCCUGAGUGAAGGCUCACCAUCCGAAGAGGGCCUGUACCUAGAUGCACAGGCGGCUAUUAACUACCUCAAAACCAGAUCUGAUAUAGACCAAAACAAGAUUAUAAUAUUUGGUAGAUCCUUAGGUGGUGCUGUAGCUGUAGAUUGUGUUAGUAGGUCAGAAAUCAGCAGUCGUGUUGCGGCCGUGAUCCUAGAGAACACCUUCACUUCCAUCCCGGACAUGGCCAAGGUCCUCUUCUCUAACGUUAAGUUCCUGGCGAAGUUGCCUGAGUGGUGUCACAAGAAUAAGUACCUGUCAAAAUACAAGAUGUGUAGAGUGGUUGUGCCAACGUUAUUCCUCUCAGGCCAGGCAGACUCGCUGGUACCUCCACGCAUGAUGAUGGAGUUGUACCACUGUUGUGCAUCACCGGCCAAACGUCUCAUGCAGUUCACACAGGGCUCGCAUAAUGAAACCUGGAAGUGUCCUGGGUAUUACCAGGUGUUGCUUCAUUUCCUUGAGGAGCUAUUUCAGAGGACCACUCAGCCUCCUGUUCUCCUGCCCGGUGUUGUGUGUUUCUCGGAACCUCAGAUUCUCUAGCAUCCUUCAGGCCCCUUUAUCAUCAUGUUGGUCACAUAAGCUCUCAUAAACAUUACCCUCAUUGGUUGCAUGAUUCAUCUUCGCUAGAAUGAAGCAGGGAAGAAGGUUUCAUUUAUGGAGGCUUUUAUGUUAAAAUACUGGAAAUAGUAAAUGGGACGAAGAGAUGUAUGCGCAGUGCGUGUUGACAGUGGUUCUUAGCCCGGUGAUUAAGCUGUGGAUGUAAACUAUAAGAAUUAUUAUAAGAUGUUUAUUUCUCUGUGUUUGUACUGACUCUUAUGCAGUGUUAACAUGCAACAGAAGUUAGCCUUUAUUUCAUUGAGAUUGUAAAGGAAGAGAAUUUUAUCCCUUAUGGCAAAGUUUACAAUAUGAAUGAAAAAUGGACUUUAUUUUAGUUGCUGUAACAAAGGAAGAGCAACUUCGUUUUAUCAUUAGCUUUUCCUUUUUCUUUAUUUUAUUUAUUUGGUCAUUUCUUUAUUUUCAUAAAUAUAGAUAUAUAUGUUUA